AUGUUAUUAUUAAGACGGCGGCGCCGCCCGCCCAACAACGGAUAUAUAAGCGCGCGCGGAGGCUUCCACGGCACAACGGACCACAGCCACAGCCACUUCAGCCGCCUUUCUCUCGGCUACAGGACAACAGGUGCAAUGAUGCUAGCUGGGAGAGUUGUGGUUGUUGCCAUAGCAGCCGUGCUGGUUUGCUGCAACGCUGACCCACACAGGGAACGAGAUGGGACCGUAAGUGACCACAGCCCAGAUCGCUACGACGCAAACGAUUACAGGCAAAGGGAAUUCGAAAACUUCCUCAGGUUCCUCCUAAAUAACGAACGGAGAAAUAGCAACCGGAACAUAAACGGAAUUGGUGGGAGCACGUUGAUCGGAAGGAAUAUCAACGGUGGUUUAGGAGGAAGCAGCCUGUUGGGAAGAAAUCUGAAUGGCUUCUGGCCACCGUCAACUCCUGAUGGAAAUUUUAAUGGCAACAGCGACUCUACUUUUAUUGAACAUGGACUGGGGAAAAGUUUAGAUGCAGAAGAACAAAGCAAUGUUUUCGCCCGUUUCGUAGAUCCCCUAGGGGGCAGUAACUUCAUGCGUAACUUAGACUCACUUGGCGGCGGGAAUUUUGUAAGGAAUCUUGAUUCACUCGGUGGCAGCAACUUCGUCAAAAAGAACCUAGAUCAAAUCGGAGGACCCAACCUUGUAAAGAGGAAUCUAGAUUCGCUGGGCGGUGGAAAUUUCGUACGUCACAAAACACGUAACUUGGACCCCCUGGGCGGUGGUAACCUGGUACGCGAAGUUCGUGAGUCUAGACAUUCAGGGUUUCUUCCAUUCUUCUCCGGCCGCCGAUACGACUUCAUCGGUCCAUACGGCGGUGCCAGACGUCAACUGUGGCCUAACACGGAGUACUACCGAGAUGACUAUCCCAAGCGCAACUUCGAUGAAAUUGAUCGAUCUGAACUGGACAGCUUCGUGGGAAAAAGGAACAUCGAUGAAAUUGACCAGCCCUUCCCUUAUGCUAGCAAGCGUUUCUACAACCUCUACGGAUCUAACUACCUCGAUACUCCUGUUUCGAACUUCGACAAGAAACGGUACAGACCCGACUACCCGAUGGACGAGAUCGACCUUUCUCAUUUCCCUAUCGGCUCCAAGAGGUCCAUGGCGUUUAACCAGAAUAGGCCCCUCCGU